AUUUCUAUUUCCCAUUGGAGACAGUCUUCCGCCUCAAUGGCUUUUCAGGAUCUCUUGAAUCGAGUUGGAAAUAUGGGGAGAUUUCAGAUCCUUCAGAUAGCUUUCCUUCUGAUCUGCAAUGCCACGUUGACUCCUCAGACUGUUUUGGAGAACUUCACUGCAGCCAUCCCUGGUCAUCGCUGCUGGGUCCACGUCCUUGAUAAUAAUACUGCCUCUGAUAUUGACAGAGGGAUCCUGAGCCAAGAUGACCUCCUGAGGAUCUCCAUCCCACUGGACUCUAACUCCAGGCCAGACAAGUGUCGUUGCUUUGUUCAACCACAGUGGCAUUUCCUUCAUUUGAAUGGCACAUUCUCCAAUGUGACAGAACCAGACACAGAGCCCUGUGAAGAUGGUUGGGUGUAUGAAAGAAGUACCUUCCUCUCCACCACUGUCACUGAG